AUGAAAAAUGCACGAUGGGCACACACAGCAACAGUGUUAACAAACGGAAAAGUAUUAGUUGCUGGUGGAACCAGUAAUAUUGGUGUUCUAAAUAAUGUUGAAUUAUAUGAUCUACCAACAAGAAUGUGGACAACUACUAAUAAUAUGAAUAGUAGACGAUAUUAUCAUACAGCAACUGUAUUAGCUAAUGGACAAGUAUUAGUUACUGGUGGAACUAAUGGUAAUACUUUAAUGAGUACUGAAUUAUAUGAUCCAUUAACAGGAAUAUGGACAAUCGCUGGAAAUAUGAAUAUUGGACGAUUUGAACAUACAGCAACUGUAUUACCUAAUGGAAAAGUAUUAGUUACUGGAGGAUACAGUAAUAAUGGUAAUAUUUUAAAUAGUUCUGAAUUAUAUGAUCCAUCAACACGAACAUGGACAAUUACUGGUAGUAUGAAUAUUCGACGAUAUUAUCAUUCAGCAUCGAUGUUAAUGAAUGGAAAAGUAUUAGUUACUGGUGGAUAUGUUAAUAAUAUUGCGUUAAGUAUGUCCGAACUAUAUGAUCCAUUAACUCAAACAUGGACAAUUAUUAAUAAUAUGAAUAAUGCACGUUAUUAUCAUAAAGCAUCUAUAUUAAUAGAUGGACAAGUAUUAAUUACAGGUGGUUUUAAUAAUAACUAUCUAAAUAGUGCUGAAUUGUAUGAUCCAUUAACAGGAACUUGGUCAAUAACUGGAAAUAUGAAUUAUGCACGUAUGACUCACACAGUAUCUAUACUAAGAAAUGGAACAAUUAUAGUUACUGGUGGAUAUAAUAGUAGUGGUCAAUUAAAUAGUGCUGAGUUCUAUAAUCCAACAACAAGACAAUGGACAAUAACUAAUUUCAUGAAUGAUAAACGAUAUUAUCAUACAGCAUCCGUAUUAAUAGAAGGAAAUGUUUUAGUUACUGGUGGACGUGAUAAUGUAAAUAGUACAGAAGUAUUAUUUAUAAGUUAA